AUGUCCGCCUGGCUACUUUUGAUUAGCGAAAGAGCAGUAGCCUCAGUAUACGUUUCUACAUACGAGCUACGCUUUAAAAGCUACAAAGCACCGGCCGUCCUUGGAGGAACUGUGAUACUGCUGACGAUACUUUUUCAGUAUUUGUCGUUUUCUCAACUGAGUGAGUACAACUAUUUUUUGCUGUUAUUGAAAGGAUCCUACUUAGCAAAAUGUUAUACAUCUCGAUAUAAUAUUUUCAACAACGUACAUUCUAAACUUGUUGUAACUGGAGGUGACAUGGUUUUUAUUUGUGAGGUUAACAUUCAGGCUAUGAUUGUAAUUAUCGUCUCAAACAAGUCGUCAUAUAAUAAGCGACAUGAUGCACGGAUCCAACUAGCGACUCGUUAUCAGUUGGAUGAAAAUAUCCGGGUUGGAAGAUACCUCAUUCCGGUUGCCUGUAACGAUAUGUUGUCAAAGAUACUUUUUCUAAUGCUACUGUCCUACUCGAUUUUCUUCACAAAUAUCCCACUUGGACAGGAUACCACUCAUCUCAGCCAUGCCUACGAUCUGUUGCAAGCCUAUCAGCGGAUCUUCUUUGGAUUGGCUUUAACAUUGCGCAGCGAGAAAUUCGACCAUAUCAUGAAGCGUCACAAAAGGACAGCUGUCGUUGUUGAGAAUCAACUAGCUGCGUCUUCUAAUUAUUUCGAUGAGCUAAAACGGAUGUGGUGA